UGAACAUCUACAGUAAUGUGGUGGAGUCCGGCUCGGACUCGGAUGACGAGGACAAGCUGCACAUUGUGGAGGAGGAGAGCAGCCCGGCGGACGGGGCCGACUGCGACAGCACCCUGCCAGAUGACGAGCUCCCCAGGGAGCACUGGGACCGAGGACGGCAACAGAAUGUCCCGCUACAGCCUCGCGGGGCCUGAGCUCUGGGGCGGCUUUCCACUUGUGCAGUGGAGCAUUCACAUCCCUGCGUCAGCACAUAAACGGCCAGUGUGAUGUUUCAUGUCAGGGGAGCAGCCUGAUAACACAGAGCCAGCCGCCUCAGAGAGGCUGUGAACCCUUCUGCACUAAACAAAGGAUGGGAGAGCCAAACACACACACACACACACACACACACAUGCAGAGGAAACGACAGCCUGUGGUGCCUUUGCACAACAGACUCCGCAACUGGGACUCUACUUAACACACAUGGUCAACUUUUAGUGGCCUGGAGGUGUGUUUGUGUGUUUGGGUGUUUGGAAGCUGCCCAUGAACAGGGGAUGGGAGCGGGGCACAGUCGGAUCAGCACUUUCCUCCAUGCAACAUAAACUUUACAAUGUCUGCUCGACCGCCAAUGCAACUGAGGGAAAAUAUAAAGCAAUUGCCGUGACACUUUGGAAAAGCUCCUUGUCGGCAUUCUUCUAAAAUAUCACACAGAAAUGACAGUGGUGUCAAUUUCAAAAACCCCCAAAAUCAAAUGAACAUAUAUUGAAGAAUGUUGAGCUAUUUCUUUUAAGAUGCUAAUAACAUGUCUAGUGGGGUUUUUAUUUGUGCCGUUAAGGUCAUGGGAAAGAAGCUGUGCGAUACGUUGGGGUAAGCGGCACUUAAUGCCUCCCUGACCCUCCACUGUGGGAUGAGAAAUCCUCAUUCUGACUUUCUCAGCACCUGCUGUUGGCUCCUGCUUUACAUACACACACAUGUUCACCAGACAGACGACCGCUUCCUCUGGAUUAUCUCUCGUGUGUUUGUCUCGUGGGGGGGGGGUUCUAUGAAUGGUCUUCAAUAACCAUAGCAACAAAUGACUGCGCUCAUAUUGUUUUCUGGCUUCAUUAAGGUGCACCAGAGGAAGCCAGAGCAGGGCCGUUGUGCGUAACAGCGCUGGCAUUCGCUUGUGCGUCCUUAAGGAGGAUUGUGUGUCGGACGGCGAGGACGAUGUGAGCACCGACGCCAUGGUGGAAGAGAUGCUCCAGCAAGGGGACACAGCCGUCAUCUACCCAGAGGCCCCGGAGGACGAGCCACAACGACAGGGCACGCCCGACGCCAGCGUCCAUGACGAGAACGGAACUCCCGAUUCCUUCUCUCAGCUGCUCACCUGCCCGUACUGCACUCGUGGCUACAAGCGCUACAGCUCCCUGAAGGAGCACAUCAAGUACCGACACGAGAAGACCGAGGAGAGCUUCAACUGCCCCGAGUGCAGCUACAGCUUCGCGUACCGCGCUCAACUGGACAGGCAUAUGACGGUCCACAAGGGCGGACGGGAUCAGAGACACAUCACGCAGUCGGGCGGCAAUCGCAAAUUCAAGUGCACUGAAUGUGGCAAAGCAUUUAAAUACAAGCAUCAUCUGAAGGAGCACCUACGCAUCCACAGCGGAGAGAAACCCUACGAGUGCUCCAACUGCAAGAAGAGGUUCUCCCACUCAGGUUCAUACAGCUCCCACAUCAGCAGUAAGAAGUGCAUCAGCGUCAUAUCAGUGAACGGCAGACAGCGCAUGGGCAACACCAAAACCCAGACCCAGGGUCCAUCGCCAGUGCUGCCCACGCCGCCCUCAGUCCUCCGCACCCAGAUUAGGGAGAAGCUGGAGCACAGCAAGCCCCUGCAGGAGCAGCUGCCCCUCAACCAGAUCAAGACCGAGCCUGUGGACUACGAAUACAAGCCGACGGUGAUUACGUCCCCGGCUCUGACCGCCAUGAAUGGUGGGGUUUUCAACGGAGGAGCUGGUGCUCCGCUGCAGGGCACAGUGCAGGCUGUGGUCCUGCCCACUGUGGGGCUAAUGUCGCCCAUCAGCAUCAACCUGGCAGACCUGCAGAACGCUCUCAAAGUGGCGGUGGACGGCAACGUCAUUCGCCAGGUGCUGGAAAACAAUGCCAAAGGCCAGGGGCAGAUGAACUCAGGGUUAACCACUGGAAUCCUCCACCCUUCGCAGCAGCAACUCAUCUCAGCCAUCAGUCUGCCCAUUGUGGGUCAGGAUGGAAAUGCAAAAAUCAUCAUUAACUACAGCUUGGACCAGGGCCAGCUCACAGCCCAGAACCUGAAGAAAGAGCCUGAGCCAGACUCACCGGCUCAGACCACCACUGACAACUUCAAGUCCCAGAAACUCCCAGAAGAUCUCACGAUCAAAGGCACCAGGUCUCCUGAGACUAAAGAAAAAGAGGAAAAGACCACUAAAACUUGUCUCCUGUGUGAUAAUUGUCCCGGGGGGCUGGAAGCACUCCAUGCCCUCAAGCACUGCAAGAAGGACGGCCUCAGGCUGAAUGGAGCAGGCCUGGCUAAGUCCGAGUCCGCUGUUGCCGCCCUGCUGUCGGAGGGAGGACUCUGCAACCAGCCCAAGAACCUUUUGACCCUGCUCAAGGCCUACUUUGCCUUAAAUGCAGAGCCCACCAAGGAUGAGCUGGCCAAGAUCGCUGACUCAGUCAGCCUGCCUGUCCAUGUGGUCAAGAAGUGGUUUGACAAAAUGCAGGAGGGGCAAAUAUCACUGGGUGCCCCAACACCUCCCUCAGAGGAGGAGGACACCUGUGAUGCAAACAGUGUUGUCUCUCUAGUCCCAGGGAAGGACACAGCCACUAUGAGUCCCUCUGUGACCCAGGACAGCCCUACAGAAGCAACCCCGGCAGAGAUCAACGGUGCUCACGGCUCGCCGGCCUCCUGCUUGCCACUAAACCUGAGAGCUGGCGGUCCAGUACCGGCCCAGAGCACUGAGGGACCCCUGGACCUAUCGCUGCCAAAGCCCUCCAGAGAGGAAGGGGAGAGAGCGAUGGCUAAAGCCGGCGUUUACCCCUCUCCCUCCUCUUGCUCCACCAAUGCGGAAGAACCCCUGAACUUAACUUGCACAAAGAAAGAGGCAUCGCCACUCUCAGCCAUGGGCGCCAGUCCCGUCACACUGUACGCCAGCCAGCCAAGUGCCAAACCCCUCGACAUUGUGACCACAAUGCAUUGCCUAAGGGCUCUAGCCACCAAUAACAAACAGACUAUCCUGAUCCCCCAGCUGGCCUACACCUAUACCACUACAGCAAACAGCCCCGCAGGAACCGAGAUGCACGAAACCAUCCACCUCAACGGAGUGAAGGAGGAGAAACAGGACACAGGCUCAGAGGGCGUAUCCACCGUGGAGGAGCAGAAUGACUCAGACUCGGGCCCGGCGAGGAAGAAGAUGAAGAAGACGGACAGCGGCAUGUACGCCUGCGACCUGUGCGACAAGAUCUUCCAGAAGAGCAGCUCGCUGCUGAGACACAAAUAUGAACACACGGGGAAGCGACCUCACGAGUGCGGCAUCUGCAGCAAGGCCUUCAAACACAAACACCACUUGAUCGAACACAUGCGGCUCCACUCGGGGGAGAAGCCGUACCAGUGCGACAAGUGCGGCAAGCGCUUCUCCCACUCGGGCUCCUACUCCCAGCACAUGAACCACCGCUACUCCUACUGCAAGAAGGAGACACAGAACCAAGAAGGAGACAGGGAGAGCCCCGAGGAGGAUGCCGAGGCCCAGGCUGAGAUGGAGGCCCUGGGCAGCAUGCAGAGGCAGGACAUGGCCCCGUCCCAGCUGGAUUUGGAUGAGCGAGGUAGCAGCACAAGAGAGGACGAGGAGAGCGAGGAAGAGGAGGAGGAGGAGGGUGUGGUGGACAUGGAUGACAUCCAGGUGGUGCAGAUAGGCGACGAGGAGGAAGAGGAAGAGCAAGGGGACGGGAACGGGAACGAGGAGGAGAUGGAGACAGUAUUGGUGGGAGGCGAAGGAGAGGAGCAGAAAAUUGAGAUGGAAAUUAAAGCAGAGGAAGAGGAGGCUGACACGAGGCAGGAGGAGCUUACGGGCGUUCAGGAAGAGGAGGAGGUCAAGAUGGAGGAAGAGAAGCUGAUGGAUACAGAGGGUGGGGUGACGCAAGAGGGGAAGGCGGAGGAGGAGGUCGCAGAGGAGAGCGGAGGCGAAACAAACAGGAACACGGGUUCUGAAGACGAGAACCAGACGCCGCAGGAGGAAGGAGAUACUGACUAAACGAGGAACCAGACUCCACGAAAACACAAUCAGAUUCCUCCUCUCGUCGCGCAGAGGAGGAAUCGCAGGAGACGACGUCUGGUCACUCUGACAGUUUGUUUCAGUUCACUACUGUGUAGAAAUCCAGGUGUGCCUGAAAAAAAAAAAAUUACUAGUGACUUUUCCGCAGGAGAACAAUUUCUCACUGUUAGAAGAAAGAAAACCAUUUGUAAAGAAAAAGAUGAAGACGAACACGAAUUUUAACAAAGGAAAUGCAUUAUACAGACUUUGGAAGCUAGAGCCGACAUGUUUUAGAUAAUGUUUUAUUACUAAAACACCUUGGGUCAUUUCUUUUUAUCAGUGUUACUAAUUUUAUCACUCAUAUUUUAACCUUUAAAAGCUGUACAGUUGGGAGAUAUUUCUAUACCUUUUUAUUGCCAAUGAACAAAAAAAAAAAAGUCAGUAUUUUAUUAAGUUGGAAGGAAAAUAAGAAAAAUCCUGUGCACUACAAGUGGCUUGGUUUACCUAUGUAUUAAGCAGUUGAGUUGUGUUGUCUACCCUUCAGUAUUACCGCACUAGAUAUACCACAUCAUCACGCUGGCAGAUGUUAGCUUUUCUUCUCUUUUUUACUUUUGGUGUUAUUUUUGAUUGGAUCGUGAGCCUUAAGAAGAAAAACAACGGAGGGUGGAUGUGUCAUGUCAGUUCGGUUCCUUUAAGACUUACUAAUCAGUGUUUUUUUUUAACAGGAAUAGUUUGACAUAUUGGGGAAUGCGCUAAUAAUUUGCUUCCUGCGAUGAGAAGAUUGAUACCGAUCUCGUGCAUUCACGGUAAAUAGCUAGCCGUCGCUUAGCUUAGGUUAGCUUAGCGUGAAGACCAGUAUAUGGGGAGGGAAACACUCCUGUCCAGCAGGCGGGGGUAGUGCACCUGUGACAUGGUUUGCCAGAUGCCACAAAAACCCAAAUGAAGAAGAAGAAGAAGCUAGCUUAAGUCAGGGCAUUUCUAAUAUAGGGAGAACUUCCACUCUCCACAAGGGGGCGCUUGCGAGGCAGUCCAGAAUGGAGUCUAGUCCGCGGAGCUGCUGCACCAAAACAGGAUUUAUGUAUAAAAAUAAAUCCCAUUUCCUAAUGUUUUUGACACAUAAAGGGUGGAAACAAUAUAGUCCCAUUUCAACUGAAGUGAAAUAUCUUUUCUGUAAGUAUUUGUGACGUCACGCACCUCAGGACACUUUACGGCAUUCAACCUUUGUGGUUUUGCUGAGCCUAUUUUUAUGGGGGUGAGCGAGGAACUUAGUUAUGAAAUGCCACCAUGACCAGUUAGCAGUUUGCUACAUUAGCCUGAUUUGCAUUUGGCUGUCAGACACAACUAUUCCUUCCACAUAAUGAACUGAGCAGUUCAGCCUCAUUGAGGAUUCACUCAGGACGGCCCUUUUGGGUGACUGCAGACAGUUUUCGGUACAGCAGUAGGAAGUGGACGGGCUAAAUUCCCACAGAUGAGCUCUGGCUGUAGCUUCGUAUUCACCGUGCAGAUGUGAGAGUGGUAUCUGUCUUCUCAUCCGAGUCACGAAAACAAACUCGCGUGAAACCCUAAAUGUCAAGCUGUUGCUUUAAAGUGUUCAGAGUGAGCAGAAAGGAGAUGUAGAAAACUGUCUGUCCCCCCCGUGCCCCUCCAUACCCCCACCCCACCCACCCACCUGAGACUUAUGCAACAGAGCAAGAGAAACAUGCAUAUCAAAGUGCCACAGAAUAUCGCAGGUAUCAGGCCUGAGAGAGCAGACGUUCGCCUACCACACGUUCAUGUAUCAUAGACUUUACUCGUUUUUAUUCCCACGCGGAGCCGCGGCAAGAGUGACGAUGCACACGUUUUCAAAAUGUAUGAAGUAUGACUUGUUAACUUGUGUCCUGCCUUUUUUUUUUGUUUUCAAAGCUUGUUCAGUGCACUUGUUUUAACACACCAUGAAAUGCUCAGACAUCUCUUCAGGUAACAAAAUGUAGGCAUAUACGAUUCCCAGGAGUUUUAAUUCAACAGAAGUUUUAACCUGUCAGUAUUAUUAUUUUUUGUCAUUUAUGUUGUUUUUUGUUCCGUGUCCGUGUGCGUGCUGUACGUUUUCCAGCAAUGGCAGUAUUAUCCCCCCCCCCCCCCAAUGAGAUGGGUGUGUCUGUUUAGUCAUAGAGAACUUUUAUAUUUAUGUGUCUUAUUUUUUUAUAUUUCUUUAUGGUUAUUUAUUACACUAUGUAGUGUACAAUACUGUAGUUUGUAUUAAUACGAUAAUAUAUUUUAGUAUGGAAAAAAAAAAAAGAUUCAAAGGCAACUACAGCUACACGCCUGGACAAUGAGACUCCGGCAUAC